AUGGUUAGGUUUAUAAAAUCAACAUUAACUUGCUUAAUAAUAUUUAGCUUGGUUUACUGCUAAAAUAAAAAUAAUUGUGGUGUUGGGUGUAAGAUUUGUGAUAUUGACUAACAAAAUCAAGGUUCUUAUAAGUGCAGCAUAUGCAAUUAAGGAUACAAUAUUGAUACAAGUAGCAACAAAUGCGUUUACUCUAAUUGCUAAGACAACUUAUUUCUUUAAAUAGAUGAAUCUUUAGGUGAUGAUUCUAAGGGAAGUUGUGUUUCUAUCUGUAAUCCACUUUAUAUAGGAGAUCCUAUUUAGAAAAUCUGUGUACUUUUAUCUUAAUGCUCUUCUGAAUUUUAAACAGAAUAAAACUUUCUCAGUUCAAGUUUACCCGAAGAAAUAUUCAUCUACUAAGAAAUAUACUACGCCGUGGUAUAAAAUGGUUAUUUAUCCUUAUUUGAUAGAAGCUAAAUUCAGUUAAUAAGACAUAUAAACUUUUAAUCUAAUGAUUUAAGAGUUUAAAAUAUAAAUGGUUUAGUCGCUGUGUUAACUAAUAAAAAUUAAGUUGCUCUAUGGGAUAUUAUAUCAGGGUAGAGAUAGUAUAUUUACAAUAGCACUGAUUUAUCAAUAAAUCAAUAAACAUAAUUAAGAAUUUUGAAUAAUCAAUACAUAAUGUUAUAAUAUGUUAAUGGAAACUCAUUGCAAUUAAUAGUAAUUUAUGAUUUUGUUAACAGUAAAUCUAUAGUCUCUAAUUCAAUUUCGAUAGAUUAGAGUGAUAGCUUGAUUAAAAUAAACAACAAUCUUACUUUUAAAUAACUUGAAAACUCUAUGAUAGUUUAAUAAAUUGUUUUUUCAAAUUCAAAUAAUUUACAGAUAAUGUUAAGUGACAAAGUAAUCUGCGAUACUUCAGAUGUAGGAGAAACUAUUUAAAUAAUCAAUACUUAAUCUCUUGAUGAAUAUUUUUCUAUCCAUAAAAAUGGGAUUUUUGAAAUAAAUCUUAGUCUUAAUUCUUGCCUCAUAAAACUAAAAGAACAAGAUAUCAAAAAAGGAAAAUUAAUUAAUUUAGGGGAAAUCUCAACAAGCAUUCAUUUGAUUAUUUUAACUUAGCAAUUACUUUUUGAUUUUAAUUUGAAUACAACUUCAAAGUAAACCAUCACAGAUAACAAUAAUAAUUCAAUCUUAGAUUUUGAAGUGGGGAAUUUUUUGAAUGCCAAUAACUCAAUAAUUAUAAUGAAUAAUUUAAAUUAAUUGCAAAUUUAUAAUCUACUAUCAUCCAAUCUAACAUUCAAUUUGGAGUAAUACACUAAUUUCCCACUAAUUGCUACCCAGUAAUUACUAAAAAUGCAAACAUAGUAUUAAAAUCAGCAAAUUUAAAUUCAAGAAAGUUAGUAAUAAUAUGAAAUAGCUCUUAUGAACUCUUAAAUAUAAAUAAUACGAAAGAAUAUUAUUUCCAAUUCACAGCUAGAAACGAAAAUCAUUGAUAAUUAUUAAAUGCCUUAUCCUACACCUAGUUCUUAGGUAAAUUCCUUAGUGCUAAUAUAUCAACCUCCUUUGCUACUUUCUUGUCAUUAGAAUGGUGAUAUAUUAUUUUAUGAUACUUCAUCAGGAUUUGAUUUUAAAUUGAUAAAUAAAAUUUAAAAUUAAUAAGCAUAAUGUUUACAAGUUGGGAGGUUUAACAAUAAUUAUGUUGUGGCAUAGAUGAAUAACUCAAUCUUGUUGAUUGACCCUUAUUUAUAAUAAGUGGUAAAUUCAAAUAAUAAUUUAAAAAACAUUAAUUCAUUCUCUUUAAAUUUUGAUAAGCUGGCUAUCAGUUAUAGUUACUGUAUAACUAUUCUUUCCCCAGAUUUUUCUUAAUUAUUUAAUUAGUGUGAUAAUAAUUUUUUUUUUAACGUUUAGAGCGUUUUCUUAAAUAAUGAUCUACAAUUAUACGUUCAAACAACAUAAGAGAUUUCAAUUUAUUAAAUAAAUAUUGAUUAAUCUUAAUAAUAAUAAUAAGCAGAAUAUUUAAACAAGAUAACAUUUCAAAAUAGUAUCACAUACUUUAAUUGUAUUGUUUUAUUUAAUUCUGACUAAGAUAAACUAAAUAAUAAUUAUUCAAUCGAUGAAGUAGUAAUUUACGACAGCUAAUUUAGCUUUAGUAUUUUUGAUUCUUCUCUUCAAUUAAUUCAUUAAGUCUCAGAUAUAGAGCUAAGUUCAGUAAAUUAAGCAAAAAGGGUAGUAAAUGAUAAUAAUGCUUACUUUUUAGUAGGAUAUUCAAAAUCUGCAAAUCCUGUUGUGAGAAUACACGGGAUAACAAAGACCUCUCCAGUUUCUUUUGCUAACGACUACACAUUUUAAUAUUCCCCUUUUAUUGAUGAUCCUAUAAAAAAUGUUAAUUAAGCAGGAAAAGUAUAUUACCAUGUUAAACAUAUAAUGCAAUUAAAUUUCUUUACUUUGCAUGAAGAAUAUCAAAUGGAUUUUGAUAGAAAUAUUACAUAUACAUGUGGGCAUGAUUAUAUUUUUGGAGCAACCUAAACAACAUAAACUAAAUUACAGAUUGGUGCAAGUAAUAAUUAUUUGGAUUAUGCUGGAACUUAGUAAGGUUUGUCAGGAGCAUUAAAGUAUUAGCUAAAAAGAUAUGAUAUUUUAAGUACAUCGAAUGUGCUUUCUGGUAUUCAUAGUAAUGACCAAAUAUAAUAAGUUUUAUAAAGUACAAAUUUGUAUAUGUAUUUUGUCAGGACUAGCUAUUAGAUAUCUUCAUUUAAUUUAUUUAAUAACUAGUUUGUUGAAUUACUUUCUCCUUAAUUAUCUAGUGAUCCCCCAUUCUCAUAAAUCUCAGAAAUACCAAUCUUAAAUAGUAUAAUUUGUUGGAACAGCAAUUAAAUUCUUCUAUCCACAUACGAAGAUAUUAAUUAGAAAUAUUAUUUUAAGGGAAUUUCGCAAAUUAAUGGAUGGAUAUUUGAUGAUGUAAAUAAUCAUUUCUUCAUUUAUGGGUCUAGUUUAGUAAAAUUAGAUACUAAUCUUAAAUUUUUGUUAAAUAUUUCAAGCGAAUCUUAAAACCUUAACUUUAUAGUAUGUCAAAGCACUUAAAAUACAAUUAUUUGUAGUAACUCUCCUUCUUAGUACUCAAUUAUUGAUAAAAAAAAGAACACAAUACAAACUGUUCAAGUUAAUGGGUUCUAAAAUUAAUUUAAAAUAGGUAUAGAUGAAGCUCAAUAAAAUAUUUAUCUCUACGAUACUUAAGUCUAUGUUUAUAAUCUGCUAGGUGUUUUUAGUUAAACUAUUUCUUUGAAUGCUAACACUCUUAAUACUUUUGAAGUAUAAACUAAUUAUGUUAUUUUCUCCUCUUACUAAUAUAUGGUUUUUAUAGAUAGAAAGACUUUUUAGCUUUAAAGCUAAAUUUAAGCACCUUCUGGAUUGAGUAUUUUGAAAUAUAUUUACAUGGAAAAUCUCUCACAAAUAAUGUUCUAUUGUAAUAAUUCUCUUUUUGCAUAAGUUUACAUAUAUAGUAUACCUGCUGGUGAUUUAGUUGGUAAAAUUACAGGGCCAUUUUCUUGGAAUAAAGUAGGAGUUGUUAUAGAUAUGGACUAUGAUUCAGACUAAAGCUUAGUUCUUUACUUAGAUGACACAGGAAAUUUUUAUAUUUAUUUACUUUAUAAUGAAUAUGCUCUCCUAAAUAAUUACAAAUUGACAGAAGUUUACGAUAGGAAUGAAUCACUUCUUGGUUUUACUUUUAAUAGUGAUUAUAAUAAUAUUUUUAUAUAUAGCAAAACCGCAAUAUAUCAAAUAAAUUAUAGUAAAACUGGAGUUAAAUAUGAAUUUGGGUUAAAAGAACCUUCGAAAUUAUUUAUACCUAUUCCAAUUAGCUAGUAUGAAACUUAAUUUAUAGUAGUAAACAAUGACAACAACAUUUUCAAAUAUAAAAAUCUUACUUUGUAAUAUGAAAUUACUUUAAACUAAUAACCAAUAGAUGUUGUUUAUGAUCCUUCUUUGGAUGUCUUAGUUUACGCAUUUUCAAAUCAUCUUAGCUUUACAUAAAAAUAUUAAUUUUCAUCAAAUAAUAAUUUAAUACCUAAUACAUAAAUGCUGAACUAGAUUUAAUUCUAUCUCUUUUUAAUGAGUAAUGUAUAUCUCACAUAUGACAAAAGGAUAAUACAUUGUAAUAUUUAAUAGGCCAGUAUAAUAAAUAUUAUUUAAUUAGAUACUCAUAUUUUUGUGACUAGCUUUGAAUCUAAUAAGUAUAAAGAUAUUUUGCUAGUUGGAUUUAGUAAUGGACAAUUACUUUAGUAUAAUUUAAAUAACUAAAAUUCAAAAUAUUACACUGUAUCAGAUACAUAAGCAAUAAACAUAUCUGUAAUCAAGAUAUUAAUAGAUGAUGAUAAUUAAUCAUAACAGUAGGCUAUAGUUGUUACAAAUGGAGGUCAAGCAAUUUUAAUAGACAUUAAUAAUAACUAGCUAAUAAAAAAAAUUGAUCUAAUCAGUCUGGUUAAUGAAGACAAUUAAGUAAAUCUGUAAGAUUUUAUUUAUGAUAAAAUUUACUCAAGGUACAUUUUCUAUUUUAGUGGUUAGAAGAAGAUCUACACUUGGAAUUUCAUGUCUAACUUACAAGAAAAUUUCUUGAUGCUUCCUAACGAUUAAGGAAAUUAUAUAAAACAAACAAAUUUGUGGAUUUUAACAUCAUGCUUUUAUCAAAUAAAUGUGUAUUCAAGGGCUAAAAAUAUUUAACUUUAUACAAUAAUUAAAAGAAAUAAUUUUUAUGAUUCUAUUCUCAACUACUAAGUAAUAAAUGACAAUUAGAUCAUCAUACUUUUAUAAAAUAGAUUUGAGUUAUUUUUAAUUCAAGAAAAAAAGAACUUGUUAAUUUCUCAAUAGCAAUCUGUAUAUCCUAGAUUUUUAGGAUAUAUCUACAAUUAGGUAACAAAGUUCUUAAAAAUUUACAUACUUGAUUAAACAAAAUUAUACGAAACAAAUAUAAGUUUAGGAAUUUACGAUGAUAAUUCUGUAACAGAGUGCGCAAGUAUAGUAAAUAGUUAGAAUUUUUUAACUGCAAUUUAAUAAAUAUAAUCUAUUAUUCCUAAGUAAUCUGAGGCAUUUAGUUUUAAUGGAAGAAUAUUAACUAAUUAACCUAAUUGGAAUAAUUUAAUUUAUUUAUAAAUAUCAGGAGACUAAUAUGAUAUGAUAAAUACAUUUAUGUAAUAAUAAUCUCUUUAAAAUACUUAAAUAAUUACAUCACCCUAAAAUUAAACAUCAAAUAGCUUAAAUUUAGCAUAAGAUACUUUCUAAAACAUAUAAUAAUAAACUUUUUAUCUAAGUAACUAUAGCUUAGUUUUUUAAAACAGUAAUCAAACAAAUUAAUUUUCUCUGAAUUAAAAUAUCUAAAAUAUUAUUUGGCAAAAUAUAUCAAUUUAAUAAUAAUAAAUUAACGCAACUGAGAUAGUUAUACAAAAUGUCAAAUAAGUUAUUCUAAAUUAAAUAAAUCUAUAAUCAUUACAGAAUAGCAAUUUUUAAAAUAAUAUGCAAAGUAGUCUGAUUAAAUUUAUAAAAAUCCAGAAUGUUUUAAUUAAUGAAUUGAUAAUUUAAGAUAGUUUUUAUUCAUAAAUAUCAUAAAAAUAAUUGUUUGAGUUUUAUGAUGUUUAGAAUAUAACUAUUAAUUUGGUUAAAAUUAUGUCUAAUUAAAAUAUAAAUUAAAUUUUUAGCUUUUCACUAGUCUCAAAUCUCACUUUAAAAAAUAUUUAAGUAAUAGGAAAUACUAUUUCAUCUAAAAAUCGUUUACUUUAAUCAAGUAUUUAGAAUGAUUAAAAUUUAGCCUAUUUCUAAUUGUAUGGGUGUUAUUAAAGCUUUUUAUAGAAUUUUGUUAUUUAAAAUAACAAUUAAGUUCCUAUUUUAUAAACUUAUAGUAAUUACACUCAAAAUAACGAGCUAAUAACCCUGAUGAAUGAUAUUUUAUAACUUGAUUCAAUUAUUUCUAAUAAUAAUUCACUCAAUACCUAACCAAUUUACUAGAUUAGAAGCUCUCUUGUAGAAAUUAAUAACCUAAAACAUUCUUAAAAUUAAGGAGGUCUUAUGAUCAGCUUAUCAAAUAAAGUUAUGAUUUCGAAUAGCUAAUUUAUUUAAAAUUAAGCUUAAAAUGGAGGAGCAAUAUAUUUUUAAGGAAUCCUUACAUAAAUUUUAAUAAAUUCAUCUUAAUUUUUAAAUAAUUAAGCAAAAAGUAGUGGAGGUGCUAUAUAUAUGGAAGAUAUUGGUUCUUGCUAAGUUAUAUUUGAUGCUGAUAGUUAAGUCUAAAAUAACACUGCUUUAAUAGGAGGAGGAGUAAGAAUAGUAAAGAAAAGUGCAGAUACGCUUAUUAUACCAUAAAGAUACCCCUUUUAACAUAAUGUUUUCAACAAUAAAGCAGAAAUUUAUGGUGAUGACUCUACUACUUAUUUAUAAAAUUUAAUUUUUUAAAAUUAUAAAAUACCAGAUUAGUAAACAUCUUAUAAUUUUAAUUUUAGUAAUAAUUAAAGUGAUUUACCACUUAAAUAUUAAUCUCAAUACUAAAAGUCUAUUUAAAUAAAUAACUUCUAAAGUGGAGGUUAUCUUGUUUUAAGAAUUUAUAUUGUUGAUAAUUAUAAUAGAUAUCUUUCUUUUUCCAAAGAAAAUCUAACAAAUGGAUUAUAUCCACAAGAAAUAGAGUUAGAAUUAAAAGCUAUUGAAAUUUUGAUUGAUAACUCAAACAUUUAAUAGAGUUAAUUAAUAGGUGAAAAGAUAUUAAAUUACAAUUAAUAUGAUGCUAACAGCAGAAGCUAUUAACUCACUGGGUUAUAAAUAUAUGGUACAUUAGAAACAUAACAAAUAUUUUCUAUAAGUUCUAGUGUAUUGUCACAAUCAUAAAAUUAAAAACCUAUACUAAUGUUAAUUUAAUUUAGGGAAUGCUUAUUAGGCGAAAUAAUACAAUAAUCAACAGCAGAAAUAAGUAUUUGUAAAUAGUGUGAAGUAGGUUCAUAUUAGCUAAUCGAUCCUUAAACCUUAUAAUAGCAAUCAUUAAUUAAAUAAGAAAAUAUGGUAAAAAAUUAAUGUAAUUCUUGUCCUUUCUCUGCUAACUCUUGCUAGGGAUCAACAAUAAUUCUUAAAGAUGGAUAUUGGAGAAGUGGUAACAAUUCAGAUGAAAUUUUAUAAUGUAAUACCAACACUAAUUCAUGUUAAGCUGAAAAUCCUUAGAGUUUGGAAGGAUGUGUUUAAGGAUAUAUAGGUCCUCUAUGUGAAUAAUGUGAUAUAACUGGAUAAAUCUGGGAUAAUGGAAGAUAUACUUAACAAGUACAGCUUGGAUUUUGUAAUUUAUGCUCAGAAUAGGCUCUUUAGUAUUUCUUCAUUAUACUGAAAGCAAUAUUUUUGAUAGCUUACUUCGUAAUUACUCUUAGAGUAUUCAUAAAUUAAUUUACUUACUCAUAAACUUGCUUCUAUUUAAGAGCUAUGAAAAUAUUUCCCAUUUCUAAAAAUUCUGUUAAAGAUUAUUCAGGGUUUUUUAUUAAAAUAAUAGUAAACUAUCUUUAGUUAUCAUCACUCCUAAUUGAAUAACCUUAAAUUAUUCCAGUUAGCUUUGAUUUUCUUGGUAAUUUUAUUGGCAAAUCUAAUAAGUAACUAAGUAUAGGAAUAGAUUGCCUCAUAAGUAUAGAUGCAUUCAAUAAUUUAGGCAAAGUAACUGUUUAUGCCUUGAUUUAGAGCUUAAUUCCUGUAGUUUUUAUAGUAAUUAUGAGUUUUUUACUAUUUGUAAUUUCAUAGAUACGCCAAAAAUAUAUAAAAAAAUAUCAUUACUGGACACUAUUUUAAAUAUUAUAUAUAUUCUUUUAGCUAGAGCAAAUAUCAUAUUUUUCUAACUCUCUAACUUGUAGAUAAAUAGGUUCAUAGAAAUAUAAUCCUAAUGAUUUAACUUAGUUAUGCGAAAAAUAGAGCAUAUAAGCUUUCAUUUUACCAUAUUCAUUAAUAAUUUUAUUUGGAUGGUCUAUAAUGCCAUUGGCAUUUUUAUAUUAGCUCUUUAAAAAAAGAAAUAAAUUAGAUUAAUGCAAGACAAAAUAUAGUCUAGGUUACUUUUAUGGUGAAUUGAAGAGCAAAUACUACUUUUGGGAAUUUGUAAGAAUGUACUUAAAAGUGGCUUUAGUCUAUCUGCAUAUCUUUAUGUCUGGUUCAUUUUUCAAUUUUUCUUAAGUUUUAGUUAUAGUUAUUAUUGGAACCUAUAUAAAAGCUGUUUUCUAUUUCUAACCUUUUGUCUCUAAAUAAAUUACUAAGAGCGAAACUAUAGCUUAUACUUUUAUAAUUUUGAAAAUGCUUUUAAAAAUUCUUACAUAGGAUUUGAACUCAACCCAAUUCACUAUCGAAUUAUUUAUUUUAGCAAUAGAUUAUAUAUUUUUUAUUUCAUUAAUAAGCAUAAUAUUAAUAUAUAAAGCUAGUAACUAGUAAUCUAUUAUCGGUAGAAUAUUGAAAAAAGUUAUUUUCAAAAUUCUACCAAUCACAAUUGCAUUAAAAAUAAUUAAUUUUAGAAAAGUGAGUCUUAAAGCAUACCUUAGAUGGAAAUUUAUAAGAUCAAAUUUAUACCAUAUAAUCUAAAAAAAGGCAAAUCAAAACAUAGAUAAUAUAAAGGACAAAUGUGUUGAUGCUAAUAAAUUAAGUUAGAAUCAAUUAUCGCGACUUCUUUUUUAAAAUAGCAACAUAAAUACUAACACUUAUUCAUAGUCUUCUAGCCCUAAAUAAUUAAUAGAGAAUCCAAAAAAGAAACACAGCUUUCAAUUAUAUAAUUAUAAUUAAUAUCCAAAAGAAUAGACUAUUUUCGAUUAUGUAAAUGAAGGUGAGAGCCAAGGAGAUGACUAAACAGAAUAAUUAGAUCCAAAAAAAGUUGAAUAAUAUUCUUUUUAGACAAGACCUUCAGUCUAAUAAUCCUUAACUAAAAGUUUUAAAUUAUUUGAUAUGAAUGAAAAAUUUACAUAUUAAUGA